GUGUCAGGGGGCUGGUCGUGUUGUUGCAGCUCUCGAGAGGUAACUGUUCUCAGUAAAAGACCAAAGUAAAAAAAAAUAACAUCACUAGCAGACGAUUAUAUUGCUUCAUGGUUUAACCUUGGACCGGUUCAACGCUGCAUCUCGUUCAAAAACAAUGAACGUAAAGUUCAAAGUGGUUAGAAAAAUCAACCAUUUGGCUUGGUUUGCCACGGAAAGUGGUCGAAAGUUCAGUAAAGGAUGCGUUAUUACCUUCGGCCUUGGCACAUUUGCCGCGAACUAUCUACCACAUAGUCUGUUCUUGGAUACGUACAAAGAAGUCUUUCAGAUGUACAGGAAAUCUCGUCCGGUACGGGUAACUGCAAAAAUAAAAAAACAGUUCAAUGCCGUCUUGGACGACCUUGAAGUCCCUGACCACAUCCGGGGACUCAUAAAGCCGUUCAUAGUUAAUGGAUUUGACUUGAUUCACGCUGGAUCACCGAAUCUGCGCUCAGGAGCUAUCGUCGGCGUGCCAUUAAGCUUUGACUAUGAGGAACUAAAAGAUAUCGACGACUCGACGUUGGUACUCCAAGACAAACCUGUCGACUGGAAAUCUGUAGCGGGUCAAAAUUUACUUUCAUCUCUACUGCUGUCGGAAGAAGCAAAGAAAUUUGCUAUUGCACAGAAAGUUUUAAGGUGUCAAUCACACGAAAUCUGGGUGAAUUGCAUUCUACCAAUGUUGUGUACUGCAUUUGCUUAUGCGAUCGCGCAGAGGGCCAACGUCAUGCUAGACAGUCUUUAUCGUCCUCCAAUUGUCAGGAUUUGCUUGUACUCUUUUGUCGGUAUGUUUAGCAUCGCUACCUGGGGAGCCUUGAAGGAUUUUUCCACCAUUCAAUAUGAUAAUGAAUGCGACGAGGAAUUAUGUAAAUUAGGUAAGGAUUACAUAAAAGGUGGUCAAGAAUAUUAUGGUAAAAUUUUAGAGCGCAAUGUUGCACUGAGAAGCUUAUUGGGCGAUUAUGGCGCUAAAUUGUAUUCAGUCAGCGGUAACCAACGAUUCUUUUUGAGACAAAAAGGUAUGCCGCUUGUUUAUAGAAAGCUAUAUUUUGAUGAACAGAUGGAAAAUCUUAGAUGAAAGAUGUUUGUAAAUAGCAGUAGAUUUCUUUAAAAUGUUAUUAAAUUUAUUUCCUGUUUAAUAAAUAAUACAUUUGUUGCUAGUAGUUGACUAAUUGAAAAUUCUAUAUAAAACACUCUGUCUGAGUCUAUAUAAUAUCUUGGUUUUGAUCUUCACACAAUAUCUACGUGUUAUAUUUCUUUUAAUUUAGAAACUAUACAUCAGGUAUUAACAUACAUACAUGUAAAUCUUACAUUGGAUUGUGUAAAUUAUUUGUACAAAGCUUUGCAUUAGAGUCGCGUAUGUAUAAUUACCUACUAUUUGUAAAAGAUUUUCCAUUACUUCAUAUAUGUUCCUAGUGCCAAUUUUAAUUGUAGCAGUGAUAUUAGCGCUGCAUCUUAUCCUAUUAUAUUUCUCUCUUGUGAACAACUAAACGAACUUAUAACUUUAAAA